UCCUACGUUCCGUUGCCCUGCACGUGGUGCGUUGUUUUUGUUGUUGUUUUUUUUAAAUUGCAUCUGAGACGCGCUUCGUUCCUUUCAGGGUACAGCAUGCCGAUGACUAAGCUGUACACGUUGGUGCUGGUGAUGCAGCCGCAGCGCGUCCUGCUGGGCAUGAAGAAGCGUGGCUUCGGGGCUGGCCUCUGGAACGGCUUUGGGGGAAAGGUGCAGCUGGGGGAGACGAUGGAGCAGGCAGCCCGAAGGGAGCUUCAGGAAGAGAGCAGCUUGACCGUGGACACCUUACAGAAAAUGGGCCAGAUUACCUUCGAGUUUGUAGGCAACUCGGAGCUGAUGGAAGUCCAUAUCUUUCGCGCCGACAGUUUCCACGGAGACCCCACCGAAAGCGACGAAAUGUGCCCUCAGUGGUUUGACGUGGACCAGAUCCCUUUCAAAGAGAUGUGGCCAGAUGAUAUCUAUUGGUUUCCUCUCCUGCUCCACAAAAAAUAUUUCCUGGGCUAUUUUAAGUUUCAGGGGCAGGAGACUAUCUUGGAAUAUACCCUGAAGGAGGUGGAGAAGAUGUCAGAAGGAACGCAGGAAGGAAACAUAAAGGACAUUUUGGCAGGCAAGGAACCACAACACAAUCCUUCUCAUUGACGGUUGACUUUCUAGGAAAAAAAAUAAACCCCUCUCAAAACUACUUCAUGUACAGAAAUGUGUUCUGUGACCAAUGAAUACUAAAUUAUGGGAAAAUACGGUCAAACCAGAAGAAGAAAUGUCGGGCUAUCCUCAAUACCAUGAAGAAAAACACUUUUGAUCGUAUAACGUGGCAAUAAAUUCAUUCAACUUAAAAUAAACUUUCAAACUUUU